GUCUCGAGCUCGCGAGAACGCCUCCCUUUUCCGGCUUGAGCCUUCUGAGGUGAGGUCGUUCUCUGCCUGUCCGUCCGGCUCGGGGACUUAGGACUUUCCGCCGGCCGCCGUCUGCAGCUCGCCCGAAUUGUCAAUGAUGAUCCCACUCCAAGAGAGAAGUGGAAGCUCUUGCAGUAAGGAGCCCCUUGACAAGUGUCUUCAGGCUAAGAAGGAGUUAGAGGCAGCAAUUGCUGGAAUAGUCAAGGCUGAGCAGCAAGUUAAGGACAACUGGAGAGAGGUGAAAGCCAAGAUCCACAGCUGCAUAAGUCGCCACUUGGAAUGCUUGCGCAGUCGUGAAGUGUGGCUGCUUGAGCAGGUAGAUCUCAUCCAGCAACUGAAGGAAGAAGCCUUGCAGCAACAAGCACAGCAGCUCUCUUGGUUGUUGGGACAAUUCAGUUGUCUCAUUCACCAGCUAGAACAACCUCACAGUAAUGACCUUGCAAAUCAAAUCUCGGUGUGCUUGGAAAGAUUAGGCAGUUUAACUCUCCAGCCAGAAGAAUCUUCCAUCUUGAACUUUGAGGCGGAUGUGCCAUUCCUUCGCCAGGCCAUAACAUCCUUUGGCUCAAUCACAACAAUGGCCUCUGACAAUGACUGUGCCCCUUGGAUUUCUGUGCAGAACUGUCCAGUGAUGGCGAAAUAUGAACAGAAACCUUUGUAUGGAAAAGUGGGCUGCCCACUCUCCGACUGGCUUCUAGGAAGCAAACCUGCUAAUGCCUGCAGUGGUCCAUAUGUUCCUAGUAGCAACCAUAAGGACUGGCUGUUGAAUACACAAGUACGAGAGACCUUUCAGGAUUCAAAGUCAUCCAGAGAGUGUUACUUGGAGAAUGCCUGGGGAGAUCUGAAAGACUUGGAAAACUGGCUCCUACAGAACCAGCAAAAGGUUCCUGAGAAAAUGGAUUCCCGCCGACGUAAGAGUUCCACCUCUACAAUUGACUCCUGCUUUUCCAUUGAAAAGAUAGAUGAACUGGAGAUCUUAGAGCAAGAAGAAAUGGAUCUUUCUGACUGGCUACUUACUUCUCCUGAAUCAGAAAAUGGUGGCUCAGAGGAGCGGUGGAAGGAUGUGUUUAAGCCUUUUAGGGAGGAGUAUAAGAUCAGUGAUUGGCUCCCCAAAGCCGACUCUUGCAAUAAUUGCUGUGGCAGUCAGGCAAAAGGCAUAGAGAUAGAAAACCUGGGCAAUCUUAAGUGUCUCAGUGAGCACACUGAAGUGAAGAAAUCACCCACCAAUGAAGCCUGGCUUCUGCAGCCCUCUUUCAAAGUAGAAGAUGUGUGUAGAGCUAACGAGUCAUGCACUAGCUUUUCGGAAUGUGUGUGUGAUGAAAACUGUGAGAAGGAAGCUCUGUGUAAGUGGCUACUUAGGAAAGAAGGCAAGGAUAAAAAUGGCAUGCCCAUUGGUCAGGUGCCUAGCCCUGCCGCUGAGCCGGAGGAACCUAAACCUGAAGUGAACAUCUGGCUUCAUCCUUCCCGACAGCCAGCAGAACAGGUAGCUGCUUCUACAGUGAAACAAGACAGCCGUGAAGUUGUAGAUCCAUUGAAAGAACUGCUUGAAACCCCGUUAUCAACAUGGUUAGUCAAACCAGAAGUCAAAGCAUUGAGCACAGAGGAGAAAUCAAGCAGGGAGAAAGCAGAAAUGAGUUGCAAGGGUUCUCUUCUGGAGUUUCUGGAACCAUUCCACCUCCCUCUUAACAUAACCAGCUGGUUGUUGCCUUCAAAGAAUAUAGAGACCUCCAGCCAGCCUCAAGUGGAAGACAAAUGGCUGUUGUGCAAGAAGACACAUGACUGUGCCCUUCCUACAGUUUGUGACCUCUUUGCCUGCAUGAAGUUAAAUGGAGAUAGAGAAAAUUGGCUGUACCGGACUCCUUUACAGAUGUGAAAAACCUGAACCAUUUGAAACAAUUCACCUUUCUGCUGAUCACCGCACAUUUGUACUGAAUGAUUGCAGUCUUCCGCAUUUAUAGUUUGUGUGUGUUAUCUGCUUAUUCCAAGCAUUUAACUCCGAUUCUAAGGCUAUUAUGUAGCUGAAUCAUGGCUGCAGAAGUUGGGCUAUGGAGUCAACUUGUACCACACAGAAGCAACGGCUCCAUUGAAUGCAUUUCAUGGACUAUGACAUGGAAGAGCUUUCCCUAGCUUGACACUUGGGAGUCCCUUAAAAUUGUGAAAUUUGAUGCUAUGAAAUAACUUUCUGAUAUUUGGACUAUACCCAUAAUAAAGUGUCUCUUGCUUUCUGUUCCCAGGGGAUGUUGAGUGUCUGAUAAGUCAGUAAUCUGAAUUUAAAUUGAGAAUUCUAUUUGGCAGCAGUUUGUAAAUGAGGAAAGAUCUCACUUCAAUCCAACAGCUUCUGAUUAUAAAUAAAUUAACACUGAAGGCCUUAUUUAGUGGCUCUUAUGCAACAAUUAUGUGAUUCAGAGCUGUGUAUUAUUUUCUUCACUAAAAAUGAAUCCUAUGCCAAGCAUAUCAAUGAAGGCUGCCAGUAAAUUUGGUGCCAUCUUGUUUGAUGUGGGAAAUGAACUUGAAAAUUGACCAGAGUGGACGAAGGCUUUUACAUUUGUUUUAAAGUCAAAUGUAUGUCAUACCCUGCCAAGAGUAUGUUUUAUGUAUCAAAUAGAAACUUUAUUUAACUGGAGUUUCUUUUAAUUUCAUAUACUCUUCGAGUGUCUUAACAUGUUUAGAUUAAGUAGCUUUGGUGUUCAGGGUAAAGAAAAUGUUGCUUUAAUACUGAACUUUAAUACCACUUGCCUAAUGUCCUGUGGCAUGGAGGCAUUUCUGAUAAAGCUCUGAUCUUGAGCACAAAAUCUUAUGUUUAAGAUGUUCUUGGCUUAGCACAAAUAUACUUUAAGUGAUUGGAGCUACUAGGCCUUCCACAGCAAAUGGGUAUUAUUGUCACAUGUCCAUUUGCCCUUGACUAGUGCUGGAAUGGUUUCAGCCAUUUAUUGAAAUACAGCAUUGAAAGCUUAAUGUAUUCUUAAGAUUACUAACUUGGAAUUGGUAAUAAAUCAAGCCCUUGCUGCCUCCUUGACGCUGAUGAAGUCUCCAUUAAACCAUUGCUGUGAACAAA